AUGCUUGUUCCUUCUACGACACCGCUGGAUCACCGGACCAGCGAGCCAGGUAUGAACUCGCUUCGCUCAAGCUACGAUGCGCAGCCUGUCCACACUGCGAAGAACAGUAACGAUCUGUUUGAGGACGAAAAGAACACACCGUGCCCCACACAGCCAGCUUCACCGCAGAGCAAGGCUGCCACUAUUCACCUGCCCGACGAAGAAGAUCCGUAUUUGGUCGAUUGGGACGAAAGUAACAAACAUGAUAACCCUCGAGAAUGGAACUCCAAGUACCGGCAUAUGUUGGUAAUCAUUGUGUCGCUCUAUACGAUGCAGAGCCCUAUGACAAGUUCAAUGAAUGCACCGGCUCUCGACGUCAUAAAGACACAAUUUGGUGUUACGUCCAACAUAAUGGGCAAUAUGAUGAUGUCAAUUCAAGUCUUGGCAUUUGCCGUGGGUCCUAUCAUUUUUGCCCCCAUGAGCGAGAGGUUCGGACGCAAGAAUGUGAUGCAGUUAAUGAACUUGGUCUUUUUGAUAUUUAACAUGGCUUGUGGCUUUUCUAAAACAUUUACACAGAUGAUUGUCCUUCGCUUUUUUACCGGGUUAGCUGGCGCAGCGCCUCUCUCCAUGAGCGCAGGGACAGUGGCUGACUUAUUUGGUCCUGAAGAGCGCGGCCGAGCUAUGGCUACGUAUACCUUGGCUCCUGUGCUGGGUCCUUGUGUUGGUCCUAUGUUUGCAGGAUGGAUCAUCCAAGGGUGGGGACCCAGCAAGUGGCCAUGGAUCUUUUACUUUUCGAGCAUAUAUGGCGCUGUGAUCGCUGUGAUUGGGUUUAUUCUGCUUCGAGAGACAUAUGCGCCUGUGCUACUGGACCGCAAAGUACAGAAGUUACGUGAAAAGACAGGUAAGGAGGAGUGGCAUACCAAGUUUGAGAAGAGCGAGCCGUUCUGGAAACGUUUCGUCCACGGUAUGUCACGCCCUGCCAUCUUUUUGUUCACUCAACCUGCCGUUUUUGUCCCUGCUCUGUACCAGUCUAUUUUGUUUGGCUGCCAAUAUCUUUUGCUGGCAGCAUUUCCGAUGGUGUUCAAAGACGACUACAAUAUGGCGCCCGGUAUUGCAUCUCUUCAUUAUAUUCCAUUUUUGAUUGGUUUUAUGUUUUUUGGACAAGUGGGUGGUCGCUGCGUCGAUAUCAUCUACCGCCGUCUCAAAGAGAAGAACAACAAUUAUGGUAUCCCCGAAUACAAGGUGCCACUUUUGAUUGUGACGGGUAUCUCCAUGCCAGUGGGUCUAUUGAUUUAUGGCUGGUCUGUGCAGUAUCAUACGCAUUGGAUCGUUCCAGAUAUCGGCAUUGUGUUCUUGGCCAUUGGAAUUCGUGGCGCACUCUUUAUUUGUCCUCUGUAUCUGGCUGACUCGGUUCCAUUAUAUUCUGCUUCAGCUGUCAGUGCGGGUGUAUCAUUACGUUGUCUCUUUGCAUUUAUUUUCCCGCUGUUCUCACCGCCUAUGUACAAUGUGAUGGGCCAAGGUGGUGGUAAUACGUUCCUAGCUGGCAUUUGCGCCCUUGUCGGCCUGCCUGCCCCAUACUUGCUGUUCCGCUAUGGCGAACGACUGCGUCAUCGCAGCAAGUAUUCCAAGGAGGCGAUGGCUGUCUCGGAUUAA